GAUAACGUAAAAUUAUUGGCUGACACAAUUGUUCUCUCGGGGAAUGAUAUCGUUCGUAUUCCAAACUUUUGUGAUACAAUGAACAAAAGCAAAGUUCCGAUGCUUCGAAUUCUGAUUUUGGACGGCAAUGCUUUACCUUAUUUAUAUCCAAAAUGUUUCAAGUGUUUGCCAGCAUUGCAAAGCAUAAAUCUAGAUGCAAAUAGGUUAACCGUUUUAAGGAAUAAUACCUUUUCAGAACUACCUCAAUUAAAAAAAGUUUUCUUUCGACAUAACUAUCAGCUGAAAACAAUAGAGCCUACGGCUUUCAACAGCACGUCGUUAAUCAGUAUAUAUUUUGGAAACAACAAUUUUCGAUUUGACAGGACUAAUAACAAGUACACUAGGUUUAAUGCAGAACAUAUAUUUAAACACUCGCCAUCAUUACAAAUUUUAGAUUUAACGAAUAACUAUCUGCCGUCUGAAAAAACUACACUUGGUCUGAUGUUUGCCCACUUGGAUGAGAUGACAUAUUUGAUGUUACAAGCGGUAGGUUUGAAGGAACUUCAUCCUAGCUUUUUUCGAAAUUUGACAUCAUUAGAGAAAUUAAAUCUUGAAGGAAAUUUCAUAAAUUCUUGGGCUCCAGAAACUUUUGCUAGUUUGCGUAGCAUACAGUAUAUAAACUUAAGAAAUAAUUUGAUACAUGUACUGAACAAAUCGUCUUUAACUGAAAAUAUUUUGAACCAGCUAGAACAAUUGAAUCUUGCAAAGAAUCCGUUUACUUGUACAUGUGACCUCAUGUGGUUCCGAAACUGGAUUCGAACAACAAAAGUAGACUUGGGCUCAAAUUUUCCACGAGCGUACACGUGUAAUUUUCCUGCUGAAAUGCGAGGUCGAUUAGUUAUUAAAUACAAUCCAACCACAGAGAGUUGCGAACAAUCUGAUCCGUUUAAAGUAGUCGCAAUAAUUUUGUCUUCAUUUGCAUUUUUAGUGAUAAUUGUAAUUUUAUUAGUUUACAAGGGUCAUACCUAUAUAAGGAACUACUGCUAUAUUAUCAGAUUGCAUAGACUUCGAAAACAGGGAUAUUUACGUCUAAACAAUAGGAAUGAUUUCGAAUUCCAUGCGUUUGUAGUCUACUGCGAUGCUGAUAGGGAAUGGGUUCAUAAUGAAUUCAUCAAACGCAUGGAAAAUGAACAAAUUAAGUUAUGUGUUCACCACCGUGAAUUUGAACCUGGAGUCCCAAUUACAGAAAAUAUAGACAAAUAUAUGAACAAAUCGUGGAAAGUUGUGAUCAUUAUGAGUAAUGAUUUUGCUAGUAGCGAUUGGUGCCAAUGGGAAUGUGAUUAUGUUCAAGAAAGAAGACGCCGGCAAGGAAAAGAUGCAUGCGUUCUGAUCAUGCUGAAGGCGAUUGAUGCGUAUCACAUGACCAGUGGUAUAAGGUCCUUGUUACAUACAACACCGUAUCUACGCUACAAGAAAGGCAUAGGGGAAGCUUUGUUUUGGCAGGCAGUGCUGAAUACUCUUAGAAGACCACUAAGUGUGCCACCCAUGAUUGUUACCAUGAUGAUGCAUAUUAAUUUGAUGUGUUUGUUUGGAUGGGGUCUGCAAAUAGUGAAAACACGUAUUAACACAACAAACGAAUAUUGUUUUAAAUCAUAUUGCACGUAUAACGAGACAGAGAAAAGCGCGACCUGUACAGGACUUGACUAUGUUCCACACGUCCCAAGAAAUGUUGAAAAAUUAGAAUUAAGCCAUAACAAUUUUAGUGAUGUCAAUAUUUCGAGAUGGUUUUUAUCAAAUAUUACCGGAAUUAAUAUCAAAGAGAUCAAAUUGAUCGGAAAUUCCAUAAAAGUUGUUGAAAGUGACGUCUUUGUAGAUUUUGUUUCUUUGACAACACUGACAAUUUCAGAUGAAAAACAGUUAAAUGUAACUAGUCUGUGUAAUGCAUUAAUCUUCGUAAAUACAACUCGUCUCAAGCGAAUUCAUUUGUAUAAAAACUAUUGGAAUUACAUUCCUUUUGAUGUUUUUGAGGCAAUCAGCCUCAGACAAGUGACAUCCAUAUCGCUUGAAAACAAUCAGCUUGCUACCUUCAAGAUCCCUGAUUGGUAUACGGAAUUAAGAAACCUAAAAACAAUCAAUCUAUCAGAUAAUAAUAUCAUACAUUUAAAUCUUUACGAUAAUGUGACAUUAUUGGUUGAACAACUUGAUCUCUCAAGGAAUGAUUUUGUUCGCAUUCCAACUUUUUGUAAUAAAAUGAAAAGAAGCCAAGUUCCGAAGCUUAGAAGUCUGAUUUUGAACGGUAAUGCUAUACGUUAUUUAUACCCAAAAUGUUUCAGCUGCAUGCCAUCACUGCAGAACAUAAGUCUACAUGCCAAUAGAUUAACGAUUUUGAGGAAUAAUACCUUUUCAGACGUACCUCAAUUAAAACAUGUCUUCUUUCAAUUUAAUUAUCAGCUAAAAACGAUACAGCCUAUGGCUUUCAACAGCACGUCGUUAAUCAGUAUACAUUUUGGAUACAACAAUUUUCGAUUCGACAAGACCAAUAACAAAAACGCCAGGUUUAAUGCAGAUCAAAUAUUUAAACACACGCCGUCAUUACAAUUUUUAGAUUUAACGAAUAACUAUCUGCCGUCUGACAAAACUACACUAGGUUUGAUGUUUGCUCAUUUGGAUGAGAUGAAAUAUUUGAUUUUACAAGCAGUAUGUUUGACAGAAAUUCAUCCGAACCUUUUUAGAAAUUUGACAUCCUUAGAGAAAAUAAUUCUUCAGGGAAAUUUUAUAAGUUCUUGGGCGCCAGAAACUUUUGAUAAUAUGCGCAGCAUAAAGUAUAUAAACUUAAGAAAUAAUUUGAUACAUACACUGAACAAAUCAUCUUUGUCUGAAAACAUUUUAUACCAACUAGAAAAAUUGGACCUUGCAAAGAACCCAUUUACCUGCACAUGUGACCUUAUGUGGUUCCGAAACUGGGUUCGAACAACAGAAGUAAACUUGUCUUUGACUUUUCCAAAAGAGUACAUAUGUAAUUUUCCAGCUGAAAUGCGUGGUCGUUUACUUAUUGAAUACAAUCCAACGCCAGAGAGUUGUGAACCAACUAAUCCGUUUAUAGUAAUCGCAACAAUUUUGUCAACAUUUACAUUUGUGGUGAUAGUUGUAAUAUUACUAGCUUACAAGGGUCACACCUAUAUAAGGAACUGUUGCUAUAUAUUGAGAUUGCAUAGACUUCGAAAACAGGGAUAUUUACGUCUAAACAAUAGUGAUGAUUUUGAAUUCCAUGCGUUUGUGGUGUAUUGCGAUGCUGAUAGGGAAUGGGUUCAUAGUGAGUUCAUCAAACGCAUGGAACAUGAACAAAUUAAGUUAUGUGUUCACCACCGUGAAUUUGAUCCGGGAGUCCCAAUUACAGAAAAUAUAGACAGGUAUAUGAACAAAUCGUGGAAAGUUGUGAUCAUUAUGAGUAAUGAUUUUGCUAGUAGUGAUUGGUGCCAAUGGGAAUGUGAUUAUGUUCAAGAAAGAAGACGUCGACAAGGAAAAGAUGCAUGUGUUCUAAUCAUGCUGAAGGCGAUUGAUGCGUAUCACAUGACCAGUGGUAUAAGGUCCUUGGUACAUACAACACCGUACCUACGCUACAAGAAAGGUAUAGGGGAAGCUUUGUUUUGGCAGGCAGUACUAAAUACUCUUAGAAAACCACUAAGUGUGCCACCCAUGGCCAUCUAAUAUGUGGAUUUGAAAUUAUGAUUCCUAGUUUUCCGAUUAUUUUGGUAAUUGUCAUUUCCUUGAAUUUGAUGUUCCUUGACUCCUUAAAGAGGUGUACUUUUUCUAAAUUAUUGGACAUCCGCAUGUUUUCAGUGACAUCACUGAUUCUAACGAACUUAAUACUUUUUUUUGUCAAAUUUUUUUCAGGGGGGAAUAUCAUAAAUUUCUCAAAAGGUAUAACAGAUUUAAAUACAAAUACAGGGUCUUUAUUGUGAAAGUAUGAUUUCACAUUGUUCAUGAUUUAAAUUGAAUUGGAAUAAAGUAUUUUAAAGGAGAAUUCAAUAUAAACUUUAGCUGAAACGUUUUCAUUACUUUGUUUGAAAACAGUGAUAAAUAAAAUGUAUGCAUUUUAUACAUUUUUUUUGUUUGUUCAAUCAUUAAUGAACGUAAUAUAUUUAUAUUUGGUGAAAGGGACAGUAGCUACGAGUUACAUAAAAAAUAUCAUUAGGUUUUGUUUGUUCAAUCAUUAAUGAAAGUGAAACAGUGAAACAAUCAUACGCUGGUAGCAGUCAGUAUGGUUAAAUUAUGUCAAAAUAAGCUAAGAAACUUAGAUGAUGAAUUAUUCACUUGCAAAUUUAUAUUUUUUAUAGAUACUUACUUACUUUUUUAUGCUUAUUAUAAUAGAAAAUACAGAAGACA